GGCGCGUGGCGCGCCCCCGCGGCGGCGGCGGCGGCGCGCGCUCGGCUCGCCUCUCAUCGCGCGCGGCGCGCACUGGCGGCGCCGAGGAAACCCUAGCGCCGCAUCCGCCUCCUAUAUAUUGGACCUGCACCUCGCGCCGCGCCGCGCCGGAGGCAGAGACAACCACUCUUCUCCUGACACCUCUCGCCGCCGCGUCUCUCUCUCGCUCUCUCUCCGACACAGAAGAGGAGCAGCGCAAUGCCGCGUUCCGCCGUCGCCGCCGGACAACUGCUCUCGCUCGGCCGCCGGGGCUACGCGGCGGCGGCGGCGGCAGAGUUGCAGCAGCGCGGCUCCUCGAUGGCGGCGAGGAUCUCGGCGGCGGAGGGUGGCGCCGGCGGUGCGGCGGCGGCGGCGGCGUCGAAGGAGAUCUUCUGGAUGAGGGAUCCCAAGACCGGCUGCUGGGUCCCCGAGAAUCGCUUCGGCGACGUCGACGCCGCCGAGCUCCGGGCGCGGCUGCUGUCGAGGAAGAACUAGGCAACCAAUCUCUGAUCGUAAUUCGAGUAAUUUCUCGAUCCAUGAAGGAACCAAUCCUGCCAAAAUUCGAGCGAUCUGAACAUCGUUUGAAACGGAUCACACUAUUCUUUUGAUAGUUGAUACGAUUAUGCCUUGUGUUGUGCCUCAAAGUUGAUAUGAAAUUGAGUUCGAGUUCAGUUUACUAGCUACAACCAUGCCGUCUUCCUGAAAUUGAGUUCAA